AUGGCAGAAACCCACUCUGUUGUUGAUCUCUCUCACUUUGACGAGGAAGACGUGUGCGACUACCGCUUCGGAGGAUACCACCCGGUACGACUUGGGGAUAUCUAUAAUAGUCGGUACAAAGUUGUCCGGAAGCUUGGGUAUGGACAAAACUCGACAGUCUGGCUUGUGUUGGAUCUCCGUCUCAAUCGCCACGUAGCUUUAAAAAUUCUAACAUCCCGCUGCUACGGUGGGAAAAAGGAGGUCUACGAACUCGCCAUACUCCAACGUAUCACAAAUGCCGAUGUGAAACAUCCAGGAUGGAAACAUGUCCUUGGCCUACUUGAUUCCUUUGUGCAUACAGGGCCAAAUGGGGAUCAUGUUUGCCUGGCGAGCGAAGUGAUGUUGGGGAAUCUCCACGAGCUCUCGUUCCGUUUUGGUCCGCGACGGCAGUUGCCGGUAAGGCUGGUGAAGGAGGUUUCGAGGCAAAUGUUAAGCGGGUUGCAGUAUUUGCACGAGGCCUGCGGGGUUAUCCAUAGUGAUCUGAAGCCGGCGAAUAUAUUGAUAUCGAUAAAGGGGUUUGAUGUGGAGAAUGAGAUACGAAAACAUCUGGAGAACAACCAUCCAAUGGUUUUUCAGCCGGAUUAUCUUAUUAUAUCUGAUGCGCUACAGCUUAGCUUACCUGGUUCCCCCUCGGAUUUUCUAUUUAAAAUUGCGGAUUUUGGCAACUCAUCCUGGGUUAAUAACCACUUGAUGGAGCUAAUUCAACCCGUCAAUCUUCGGGCACCGGAAGUUAUCAUCGGCGCUAAAUGGGAUACUAGUACGGAUAUAUGGAAUAUAGGAUGUGUAGUUAGUUCACGCCGCUCUUCACUGGUGAUAUUUGAGUUGUUACAAGACCGAUUAGCCCUCAUGAUGGAUCUUUUUGGUCCUUUACCCAAGGAUCUGUUACAGGAAGGAAAGGUAUCGUCAAGAUAUUUCGAUGAUAAUGGGAACCUAUCCUCUAUAAGGCCAAUCAGCAAUGAGUUCUCUCUUGAAAGGGUAGUGAAACUCUGGAACCCGGGUCUACCGGAAAAAACGGUAUUCGGGUUCGUGGGGUUUCUUAAGCCAAUGCUAAAAUAUCGACCCAAGGACCGGAAGGCCGCUGGACAGAUGCUGAAUGAAGCAUGGCUUCAAUAG